CGAUCCAAUUGGAGUGAUCGGAAGGUGGAGCCAGCGGCUAGGACGUGACAGACCUGAUAGUCUGUGACAAUUCGCGCAGACGCAGUGUCGCUGUGAUUGAAGUCUGGCCCAGUGGGAGAGGUUGUGAACACGGGUGUUUGAAAGGGAGGAUUUGCAGUGAGAAAACUGACAUGUGAAAUCUGCAUCACGCCAGGACCUGAAUGUUUUUGGAUUCUGAACAUGGAAGCAGAAAGCACCGUUCACAAUAGGGAGAAACCGUACACAUGUUCUCUGUGUGGACGAGUCUUCAGCCAUUCCUCUGGCCUGUCAAGACACAAGCUCAGUCACACUGGUGCGAAACCGUGGAAAUGCGGGGACUGUGGGAAGGCAUUCACAUCACCUUCUGAUCUGGAAAGGCAUCGGCGCAGUCACACUGGGGAAAGGCCAUUCACCUGUUCCGAAUGUGGGAAGGGAUUCAACCAGUUAUCCAACCUGCUGCAACACCAGCAGGUUCACACUGAUGAGAGACCUUUUAGAUGUCCAGACUGUGGGAAGUGCUUUAAAAGGUCUUGGGACCUGAUGUCCCAUCAACGUGCCCACACUGAUGAGAGACCAUUCAGAUGUUCUCACUGUGGGACAGGAUUCAAGAAAUCAUAUAAUCUCACCUUACACCAGCGACUUCACACUGGGGAGAGGCCAUUCAUCUGCUCAGAGUGUGGGAAAGGAUACACUCAAUUGUGCAACCUGCAGACACACCAGCGAGUUCACACUGGGGCACGACCAUUCACCUGCCCCGAAUGUGGGAAGGGAUUUACUCAGUCAGCCCACUUGUUAAGACACCAGCAAGUUCACAAGAAAUCAUGAUGUUCAGAUUUUGCUGUGAAUCAUGUCCAAGGUACAACCAUGUUCUCUGGAAUUUGUCUCUGCUAAUGUAAAUAGACCACAGUCUAGUUAUGUAUGUUAAUAUUUUGGAUAAAUUCAAAUAAACCAGCUUUGUGCUGCCCA